AUGAAAGGUGAGGUUGUGUUUGUGCUUGCAGUAUUUCUGCACGUUGCUAUUGAGACGGUCAGUAGUGUUGAGAACCGAUGUACGGCAAAGAACUGUAAGCUCCCCGACUGCCGCUGCCCAGGACAUAACAUUCCCGGGGGAUACAAGCCAGAACAAAUCCCACAGAUGGUUCUUAUCACAUUUGAUGACGCAGUUAACUGGGAAAACUGGGAUUAUUACAUGAAACUCUUCCCUCCAGAUCGAAGCAGGCUCAACCCCAACGGCUGUCCCGUAGCUUCAACGUUGUUCGUGUCCAACAACUUCACCGACUAUUGCAUGUUGAAGAAGUUGCAUGCCCGCGGUCUCGAGAUCGCGGACCACAGUGUAUCUCAUCGUGUUCCGCAUUCGUGGUGGGGCCAAGCAUCUGACGAAGAUCUUCGGGAAGAAAUUGUCCAGCAGAAGAAGAAUCUUGCCGAACUAGCUCAGAUACCAGUCGAGGACAUUCGAGGAUGGAGAAGUCCCUUCCUCCAGCCAACAGGGGACACCAUGUUUAAUAUUCUGUACGAAAAUAAUUUUACGUACGAUGCUACAAUGACGUACCCGUUUCCCAGAAAUGUUUACUCCCCUGUCAUGUGGCCCUUCACCCUUGACUACUCAUACACCUUGGUCUGCAACAUCAGCCCCUGCCCCAAGAACCAGUACCCUGGGUUCUGGAUUCUCCCCGUGGUGGUCAUGAUGGACUACAGAGAGCACCUCCCUUGUGCGUAUGUAGACUUCUGUAAAAACGCUCCCAGGAAUCAAGACGAAGCUUUUCAGCUUCUCUGGAAGAACUUCCUUAGAAACUACCGAACCAACCGCGCACCAAUGUACGUUAACCUUCACUCCGUCUGGCUCCAGACCAAGUUCAACCUAGACGCCAUGGAUGAGUUCAUCGAGCGGCUCACCUCCAUGGACGACGUGUACGUGACCACCGUCAGCAAGGCCAUAGAAUGGAUGAGGAACCCCACCCCACUAACAGAGAUCCAGAACUUUGAGCCGUGGCAGUGUGUGAAGAAACCGAACAUAGAAGACGACGCUUUCUGUUCUUUCACCUUCAAACCCAUAACGACCUUGGCGCCGGGUCAGAAAACCACGGACCACACCCACGUUCACGGCGAGGAAGACAAAGAUAGAAACAGGAACAGCAACACAAUAGGAAGAAAUAAACCCAAUGACAGAUUGGUGGCCAACGGUGUGAGCCAGAAUAUCCGACCAGUGGCCAACGGUGUGAGCCAGAAUAUCCGACCAGUGGCCAACGGUGUGAGCCAGAAUAUCCGACCAGUGGCCAACGGUGUGAGCCAGAAUAUCCGACCAGUGGCCAACGGUGUGAGCCAGAAUAUCCGACCAGUGGCCAACGGUGUGAGCCAGAUGGUCACCGUCCAACAAAUGCGAUAUCUGUUGCAAACAGCAGGAUGCCCUUGUGAGCUACUUCACGGUACAUUACAGACAGCCAACCGGCGUGAACACGUCUGUGCAACAUCUGAUGACUGUUUACUGCUUACUACUAACUUCGAAGUACAGUAA